AUGCUUGCAAACUGCUUCCAAAGACACGAAGCGUAUCGGGAUUUUACCACAAGACUACGAAUACUAGCAGCCAGAGUUUUAGAAGAAGAUUUAGAAGGAGCAACAAUCGAAGUGCAGCCAGGUAUUAAAAAAAAAAACAAAGAACUAGUACUUAACCAAUUUACAGGAGCUUACAGGACUUUAGCAUUACAGGAGAUGAAUUUAUUGAUGAUUCAAGGAAGAGCGAACGCAGCCAGGGUAUCAGCCAUAAGAAAAGAACAAAGAUGCCACUACUGUAACAGAACAGGGCAUCCCAUAAGAGAAUGCAGAACGAAGAAAAGGGAACAAUCAUCACCAGCAGCGCAGGAAGUCAAAUGUUACAAAUGUGAAAAAAGAAAACGGGAACAGAAUGCUUCGAAUACAACACCCACAAUCAGGAAAACAAAAGCCAGAUUCAUAGUCUGUAGUGACAUAACGCUAGGCGAAGUAUUAAUGUUGUUAGGUAGAGACUUUUUAGCAAACCAUAAAGCAAUCAUCUCAUAUAAAGACGAACCUUCACUAAUAUUAUGGGGACAAUCUAUCCCAAUGAUAACAGCAGGAGAAAUAAUGGAAGUAAUGACGGUAAAACCAUACGACAACAGCCACAAAACCACAAGACAAGAAUGGAACAAAUGGUUAUCAAUAGUAAAAGAAUUUCUGGACAAGCAACAUAUAAACGAUAUAAAAGAAGACAGGAAAAACUUACCUAAUGCAAACAGACAAGAUACAUCAAGGAAGAACAAAACAACUAAGCAAAGUGAGACACAAAAGAAAUCCCAAUCGCUAAGAGUAUCACCUAAACAGCAUACAACAUACACAAAAACAUCGAAUAGCAGGAACAAAACGAAAAGGACAGAAAAAACGAGAAUCUUUACCCCGACAAAAAAAAGAACGAAGCAAGGAAGAACGAGAGACAUAAAACAAGAUACGGACGAUAGGAGAAAACGGCUAGACACAGUGGAAAACCCUCUAAACAAAGGCGAAGUAACACAGCGCAAUCAGGAAGAAAUAGUACACCACAUCAAUGAAGAUACACAACAGGAAAAUGAUCAGUCAAAGGAAGAAGAGAAGGAACCUAAACAAGGAAAGAGAUCAAAAAAAGACACAAGCGAAAAGAUAGCAAAGCCGAAGAAAACUAAUUAG